AUGAAAUGUUAUGCUAAAUAUGUGCCAAUUCUAAGCGAACAAAUUUCUAAGUUGCAAAAAUGGAUUUCCCUUAUUGGAAAAUAGCCACUAAAUCGAACAAUUCUGUAAAGAAUUUCUUCACUAAGGUGAAAGAUUCACUCUGCACCAUGGAUCAACACAACAUAAACUACAGCAUUCCGUGUACAUCAUGCCUCGGCCAAUACAUAGGACAAACAAAACAACUGUUAAAAAAGCGGAUGUCUAAACACAAAUCGAGCCAAACGAAAUUAGACACAAUGCUCAAAACGGGCUACAACUAUUCUAGCUCGGAAAUAAAAGCUCUGACCAACAGCACAACAGCUAUGAUCAAGCACUGUAUCACACAUCGACACCGGUUUGAUACAGGAAAGGUAAAGGUUUUGGAUCGUUCUUAUCACUCAAAUCGCCUCAACACGCUUGAAACCUUCCACAUCAAGGCAACCAAGAAUGCGAUUUCCUUUGAAGAAGGGUAAGACCCAAGGCCGAAACGGAGGACGUAAUGUAAA